AUGUCAUUGUCAAAAGGGGAGCACUUGAAGUUGUGUGAAGGGGAUCUCAUCGACUCCCGCUUUAGGGUGCUUCGUGAGUUGGGCGCCGGUAACUUUUCAAAGGUGUACUGCUGCCACGAUAUAACGCGGCAGCGUGACGUGAAGCGUGCGCUUGUGGCUGUGAAGGUUGUUAAGCGCGAGUACGUGGAGGAUGCCUACUUUGAAAGGGAUAUGCUGGAUGUUUUUCGCUGCAAACGCGCGGAGGGCCCGAUGGUUUGCCGGAUGAUGGAGUUCUUUGAGUGGCGGAAGUGUCCGGUGAUUGUCAUGUCAAUUCACGGCCCCUCGCUACGCACGCGCCGUCUUGGUUUUAAAAAUGGCGUGGUGACACGAACGAAGUUGGUGCAACUCGCAUACUCCCUCCUGACGACGCUUCGGUACGUUCACUUCGAUUGUCAGAUGGUACACACGGAUAUGAAGCCGGAAAACAUUCUUUUAGCGGACCUGGACGCCCCCAAGCAUUCCUUAGGCAGUCAGUGGGUGGUGUGUGACUUUGGCAGCGCUUCGCUAUGGCGCAUGGAUCGUCUUGACGCGGACUUGAUUUCAACGCGCCCGUACCGUGCGCCUGAGGUUGUACUUGGCAACCAGUGGUUUUACGCCGCCGACAUGUGGAGUAUGGGGUGCAUUUUGUUUGAGGUUGCCACGGGGCAGCGGCUGUUUGAUGUCCGCGACGAUGUUACGCACUUGCAGUUGAUGGAGAAACGCUUAGGACCCCUACCGGAUUUAUUUACGAGGAAUGCAAUGCACUCGGCGAAGUACUUUACGUCAAGUGGGAGUUUUAUAGCGGAGUCCGAGUCCAUCCGGGCCGGAAAAGUGAGCAUGCGAAAACUGAAGGAUGUUUUCAGCGAUGACCCCGAGCUGUACGAGCUGAUUUCUGCCAUGCUGAUCUACGACCCAAUGAAGCGUCUUACGGCAAAGGAGGGUUUGCAGCAUUCCAUAUUUGACGGUAUUCAUUUGCGUAGUAAAAAGACGGAAGCCAUUGAUAAUAGUGGGCAUAAUUUGAAUGGGAAUUCGAUUGCUUUUUCGCCAUCGGUGCUGCAUAGUCACAUUGAGGGGAAGCUUGACACGGGAUCAAAACACCUCGAGAUUUUAUCUGGCGUAGGCAGGAAGAUUGUGACAAGGCGUGGAAGUUCUGUCCAGGCAAUUUCUAUUGACAACAACACCAGUUUGAAUCCACACCCACCGAACCGUCUUGGGUUGAAAUUUGUUGGUAAAGCGCCGCGGGUGGGAGGAACAACAUCACGGGCUUUUAUUUUUCAAAAAGCACGAUCACAGAAUUCUUCUGUGGUGAAUGUCGAACCACCACGUUGCCCCACUCCUGAAAGGGGAGAAAAGAAGAGCCCGGAUAAUUCACAUCCUUCUGGAAUUUUUGCCUCGUCUCAUGGAAAUGAUCAGACCCACAAGAUGCGUCGGUUUCCUGUGGUGUACGCAUCACCUAUAGACAUGUCGACGGAGAACGAGACACUGGUAGAAGGCAUAAGCAAGUUUUGUGAGAAAUCGGUUCUUGCUUCUUCCAGCAACACCUCGGAAGGGGAUUCUUUGGUCCGCAACCCACCUGGACCAUUCCCUAUUGUGAUUCCCACGCCAGAGAAGGUGUUGUCUUCUGCAGAUUGCUUUAGCGAAUACACCGACCCUCAUCGGGAGCGAGAUCAGCCGCCGUUGAAAGCGUCUGAUAUCUCACAGAGCGAAAAAUCGCUGGGUGUUUCUCAGGUGGACGAUGCCACGGGUGCCGGAUCUCCGUUGGGGCCAUUGACACAUGUGAUAAAUAUGAAUGGGCCAGUGCUACCAACGGAGUGCGAGAGUGAAGUGAACGUGGGGAAUGUCUUGCGACCAUUUCCGUCCCACCCAUUGUCGUGUUUCUCAGCCACCCUCAAUUCUCUUGAUUUAAAAGCAACGAAGGGUGGUUCCGAUUGGAAGGAUUCGACACGGAAGUCGGCAUUGCAUCCACUUGCCACACGGGAAAUGAAGGGUGGGUGCAAUAGUCUGACCUUACAUCCGGCUCACACAAAUGUGAGUGAAUUGAGCUGGCUGUCGAAUUCUAUUUUGCGGCCGUCGACAUCAUCGUUACCGCCAUCUCAUGCGUCUACAACGGGAAAACAAUCACUCCCCUUUAAUUUGGCCGAUGUAAUACGUUCACCAAAAACAGCGCAAACGGGGAAUUUACUAAAAGAAGGGAACGUCCGUGUCCGUGUUUUUACAAAUGGGACACAAGGCGCAGUGAUGCCGCGUGUCAUAAUUAAAAAGUCCUUUGAAGGCACCGCCACGAAGUCUACGCAGCACCAGUUACCCUCACCAACCGUGCGAAAUGUGGGGCAGCAAGGCCGAUCAGGAGCGAUGAAUUCUCUUGCGGGUUUACCGCGAGCUGGUAGUUCUCAAUCAAUGUCUCUUCGGGCGAGUACUAUUAAAGUGCGUCGGCGCAGUGAUACGCAUAUAAAUUUGCCAAAAACGGUUAAUGCCGUACGGUCCAAAACAAAUUACCCGAAUUUGCAGGAAAUUUCUUUUCAAAAAAGUAAUUAUCCUUUGAAAAAUAGGAGCACUGUUGCUGGCAGAGGCGUUUUGGUGGAUAUGGGCACAGUUUCUUCAGAGACAUCAUCCAUGUUUGAUCCCAAAUUGACAGCCUCGACGGGCGUCGUUUCAACACAAUUUUCUUCAUUUAAUAGCGUUAAUCCAACCGUCUUGGAGGUGCCACAAAAACGGCGCCCUUCUGUUGAUAUUCGGCCCACCCAUUCACAAUUAAUUCAAAGGAACGUUGUUUCCAGUGGUAAACCCGGUGUGUGUGUCAAUAACCCGCCUGGACAGGAAUAUUUGAAUCAGUCUGAUGUCUCGCGAGCCAUGCAGUCCAAUGGGGGUGCAGAUGAUGAUACCUUUGUUAGUGGGGUGACAGCGGGCAUGGACGGCAAUGCUACACAGCACGUGGGGGCGUUAAUGUCCACCGUUGAAGAUGCAUCGUGUGAGAUGCGGGCCCCACACAUGACCCGUCAUUUUCCAACCGUGCAGGCACCAGAGUAG